CACAUUUCUACAGUAUCAUCUCCUUCAAACUUGCCCAAUAAUUCCGAAACCCAACAAUGAGAUCCAGACCACUCCUCUCCUUCCUCUUCCUCCUCGCCCUCUUCUGCUCCCCCGCCGCGUACGGACGCUUCGUCGCCGUUCGUCCGUCGUCGACGGGUCUGAUCUCCGAUGGAGUUCACGACGGCUCCGGCGACGAGGGCUCGGUCAUCGAGACGGUGGUCUCGGCGGCUCCGGCGGAGGUGGAGGAGGAAGUUUGCGAGCAGACGUACGGGUUCAUGCCCUGUACGAAGACGGCCCUAGGGAACGUGUUUCUGAUCCUCGUGUACGGAUACUUGAUGUUCACGGCGGCGAAGUACCUCUCCAAUGGCAGCGAGCUUCUCCUCGAGAUCCUCGGCCCUGGGAUCGUUGGUGGGCUGUUCCUCCCCGUGCUCGGAGCACUUCCCGAUGCUAUGCUCAUUCUGGUUUCUGGACUUUCUGGAACCCCGGAAACCGCUCAAAGUCAGGUCUCAGUCGGGAUGGGUUUGCUCGCUGGUUCGACCGUUAUGCUCCUCACUGUCAUAUGGGGAACUUGCACCGUGGUUGGCAAGUGUGACCUUCGGGAUUCGAUUGCUGUAAACGGGCAAGACACAAAGGGCUUCCACUUAACUGGUUCUGGUGUCACUGUUGAUAUCUGGACCAGCUAUGCUGCAAGAAUCAUGGCUAUAUCAGUUAUCCCAUUCAUCGUUGUCCAGUUCCCUCAGAUCAUGAACUCAACCUCCGGAAGGCACUUUGCCGUCUUGCUCGCUCUUAUCAUCUCUGUUGCAAUGUUGAUCUCUUACUGCGUAUACCAGGUUUUCCAGCCAUGGAUCCAAAGGAGACGACUUGCUUUCGCGAAGCACAAGCAUGUUAUAUCAGGAAUUCUAAGGCACUUGAAACAGCAUGCUUUGGGAAGGCUUCUCGAUGACAAUGGUGAACCCAAUGAACAUGUCAUCCGAAAGUUGUUUGAAACGAUUGACGAGAACAAGGACGGACGCUUGUCAGCUCCCGAACUUAAAGCACUCAUCAUAGGGAUCGCUUUCGAUGAAAUCGAUCUUGACAAGGAUGAUGCCGUGGGAAAAGUGCUCCAAGAUUUUGACAAGUCGCUUGAUGAGCAUGUAGACGAGGACGAGUUUGUCCGCGGUAUCAAACGUUGGCUCAUCGAAGCCAUGGGAGCCGGUCCAGCCGCUCCGGAUGCCGGUCCCCGAACAAUGAAGUUUAUCGAUCAUUAUCACCAGCAAGCAAAGAGAGAGCAUGCUUUGUUGGGAGCACAAGAGGAGAAUGAGGAGAACGACGAGGCUGCAGUUCAUGUUGCAGACCCGAAAGCAAUCACCAUUAAAGCGGUUCUGAUGCUUCUGUUGGGAACGGCCAUUGCAGCUGCUUUCGCUGAUCCUCUCGUCGACACCGUUCAUAACUUCUCCGCAGCAACAAGCAUCCCGUCUUUCUUCAUCUCCUUCAUCGCCUUGCCUUUAGCCACCAACUCCAGCGAAGCUGUUUCCGCAAUCAUCUUCGCCUCCCGCAAGAAAAUCAGAACUGCCUCUUUAACGUUCUCCGAGCUUUGCGGUGGCGUGACCAUGAACAACAUACUCUGCCUCUCAGUUUUCUUAGCGCUUGUUUAUGCCCGAGGACUGACGUGGAACUUCUCAUCCGAGGUGCUGGUUAUUCUCAUCGUAUGCCUCGUUAUGAGCGGCUUUGCUAGCUUCCGUACAACCUACCCUCUCUGGACAUGCUUCAUAGCUUACCUCCUCUACCCUUUCUCCCUCGGUCUGGUCUACAUCCUCGACUACUGGUUUGGCUGGUCAUAGAUCAUCGUCCGGGUAUCUUCUUGUCUUCUCGUGCUCUCUUUCUUUUAUGUCAGACUGUAAAACUAUCGAAAAAACCGAGGAUUUUCUUGUGAAAAUGCGAUGAACCCAUGUUUGAGUAAUACAUCUUUGUGCA